UCGGAUAGAAGAGUGAAGAUGGGCAUAAUAAGCACUAUUAUGGGGGCCUUUGGUUUUGGAAUCGGAAUCGUAUUUGGACUUGCGAUUGGUUAUUUUUUCUUCAUCUUUAUCCAAUCAUCUGAUGUUCAGACUCCUGAAAUUCGGGCUUUGGUUGAUCAAGAUGAGCCAGCCCUUCAAAGAAUGUUCCCGGAAAUACCAGUUUGGGUGAAAAAUCCUGACCACGAUCGUGUUGAUUGGCUUAAUAGGUUUAUUGAACUAAUGUGGCCAUACUUAGACAAGGCAAUUUGUAAGACCAUACGAGCAAUAGCCGAGCCCAUGAUCAAAGAACAGACUCCUCAGUACAAGAUUGAUGAAGUAGAAUUCGAUUCACUUACAUUAGGCACCUUACCACCUACUUUUCAAGGAAUGAAAGUUUAUACUACCGAUGAAAAGGAGUUGAUUUUGGAACCGUCGUUCAAAUGGGCUGCAAAUCCUAACAUUCUAAUAGCCAUUAAGGCUUUCGGGUUGAGACCUACAGUCCAAGUGGUUGAUUUGCAAGUGUUUGCUUCUCCAAGGAUCACUUUGAAGCCAUUAGUCCCAACCUUCCCCUGCUUUUGUAAAAUUCUGGUCUCUCUCAUGGACAAGCCUUAUGUUGAUUUUGGACUAAAAUUAAUCGGGGCAGAUCUCAUGUCGAUUCCUGGCUUGUAUGGAUUUGUCCAGGAGCUUAUCAAAGAUCAGGUUGCAAAUAUGUACUUAUGGCCGAAAGUACUUGAGGUGCCAGUAUUGGAUCCUGCAAAAGCUAUGAAACGACCCGUUGGAAUGUUAGCUGUGAAAGUUAUAAAAGCAAUGAAGCUUAGAAAGAAAGAUCUAUUGGGUGCUUCUGAUCCUUAUGUCAAACUGAAACUGACUGAUGACAAACUUCCAUCAAAGAAAACGACGGUGAAACACAAGAACUUGAAUCCAGAAUGGAAUGAAGAAUUCAGUCUAGUUGUGAAAGAUCCUGAGGCCCAAGCUCUUGAAAUUAUGGUUUUUGACUGGGAAUCGGUAGGGAAACAUGAUAAAAUGGGGAUAAAUGUUGUGCCAUUAAAAGAUCUUACACCUGAAGAACCAAAAACUGUAACUCUUGAUCUGUUAAAGAACAUGGACCCAAACGACCCACAUAAUGAUAAGUCACGUGGCCAAGUCGUUAUUCAAAUGGUAUACAAACCAUUUAGUGAAGAUGAAAUGCCAACUGAUGCUGAAGAUGUAACUACAAUACAAAAGGCUCCUGAAGGUACCCCUGAGGGUGGAGGCUUGCUUGUUGUUAUAAUUCAUGAAGGUGAAGAUCUUGAAGGAAAACAUCACACAAAUCCAUCAGUUCGUUUGGUUUUUCAUGGCGAAGAAAGAAGAACUAAGCAUAUAAAGAAGAACCGGGAUCCAAGAUGGGAAGAAGAGUUUACGUUUACAUUAGAAGAGCCGCCAAUAAAUGAGAAAAUGCAUUUGGAAGUUGUUAGUAAUUCCAAAAGGAUGGGACUAAUUCAUCCUAAGGAAUCUUUGGGUUAUAUAGAUAUAAACCUUGGAGAUGUUGUGGAGAACAAACGGAUCAACGAGAAAUACCAUCUCAUCGACUCAAAGAAUGGGAAACUUCAGGUGGAGAUGCAAUGGAGAGCUUCCACCUAGAUGGCCACGGCGAACAAAAUGUCACAUUUACCAGUCGAGAUUUAUUAAUAAACGCAUGCUAUCUCCAAAGCAAAAGUAUAUGAGUUCUUAGUAGGCAUCCAAAUCUUAAUUAUACCAAGGUAUAUGACAUCUUUAAGCAUUCAUGUGGUUUAUGUAAACUUCUGAGUUAUAUGGUCAGCAGAUAAGCCCCUCCAAGAAACUGAUUUCGGGUUCUUAGCAGAAAUAGGUUUGAGUUUAUGAUGAUACAGGAACAUAUAAUUCAUCUUCUUCUUCUUUUUUUUAUUUUAUUAUUUUGUGUUAAUGUUAUGUAACA